AUGACUGCUUUCAUGGCAUGCUACUGCUCCAGGGCUCUGUUCCCGAGAUGAGCACCGAGUGAAGCUGGAACUGGAAGGGAUGAACUGCAGUCUCAACAGACUUACAGCUAUAUCAACUUAGCAACAGCUUUUGUAAAUUCUCUGGAGAAGUAUUUAGAGAAGACAAUCCGCUCAGCCGUGGAGCAGCAUCUCUUUGAUGUUCAUGGCUCAGGCGGCCAGAGUUCAGAGGACUCUGAAUCGGGAACAUCUUCAGCCUCUUCUAAUGUGUCUGCCAGGCAGAGGAGGCGACACCACAAAGAGCAGGAGGAAGCCCGGAGAAACAGAGACAUGGAAGUUGUAAACAAAGAAAACAUUCCCUCUGGAUUCAGCAAUCUUGAAGACUGUAUUCUGUCUUCUCAAGAAGUAGAAAAAUUACAAGACAACAGCUCCGGAUACCUUAAUGAAAGGAAUAAACCAAAACGGCAGAAAUCCAGCACCAAGCUUUCAGAGCUUAAUGACAACCAGGACAGUCCUGUGAGUAUGGAAAACUUUAGCUCAUCCAGGCCUAUAGACAGAAAUGGACCUGAUGACAUGGAAAUUUUAUCUGAAGAAAGCAAAGAAAGUGAAAACGAUGAGGUUUUUUUCAGGCACUCUCAGCUGACUUCAAGUAUGAAGAUUCAAGAGCAUCCAAGCAUUCCUGAAAACAAGUUGCAAAGAAAUCAAGAUGCUGAUGAUCAGGAGAACAGUUUUGUGUCAGAAGUGCCUCGGCUGGAUUUGACAGCGCUGUGUGAUGACAACAACUGGGAAGAGCCCGUCCCUGCUCUCUCCUCAUGGCAACGAGACGGCUUAGACUCAGAUGAGGCUCGCCUUUCCCCGCAGGCCGGACGCUUAAUUCGCCAGCUUCUGGAUGAGGACAGCGAUCCUAUGCUGUCCCCUCGCUUCUAUGCCUAUGGACAGAGCCAGCAGUACCUGGACGAUACAGAAGUGCCUCCUUCCCCUCCCAAUUCUCAUUCCUUCAUGAGGAGGCGGAGUUCGUCUUUGGGAUCUUAUGAAGAUGACAGAGAGGACCUUACCCCUGCACAACUCACCCGGAGGAUUCAGGGACUGAAGAAAAAGAUCAGGAGAUUUGAGGACAAAUUUGAAGAGGAGAGGAAAUACAGACCUUCCCACAGCGACAAAGCAGCCAACCCUGAAGUGCUCAAAUGGACAAAUGAUUUGGCCAAAUUCCGAAAGCAACUUAAAGAGUCAAAGCUGAAGAUAUCGGAGGAAGACCUUGGCCCUGUUGUGCGUCAGCGGAGCAACACGCUCCCCAAGAGCUUUGGCUCUCAGCUCGAAAAGGACGAGGACAAGAAGCAAGACCUGUCAGAUAAAUCUGCCAAGCCUGCUGUGGAAGCGACCCUUGAGUCUAUCCAGAAGAAGCUUCAGGAAAAACGAACAGAGACAAACCGACCUGAAGAUAUUAAGGACAUGACAAGAGAUCAGAUAGCAGCUGAAAAAGUGGCUCUUCAAAAAGCUUUGCUGUACUACGAAAGCAUUCAUGGCAGACCGGUUACCAAAAAUGAACGACAGGUGAUGAAGCCGUUGUACGACAGGUAUCGCUUGGUCAAGCAGAUCCUCUCCAGAGCCAACACCAUCCCUAUCAUUGGUUCCCCCUCCAGCAAGCGGAGAAGCCCUUUGCUGCAGCCAAUUAUCGAGGGCGAAACAGCUUCCUUCUUCAAGGAGAUAAAGGAGGAAGAGGAGGGGUCUGAGGAGGACAGCAACGUGAAGCCAGAUUUCACCAUUACCAUGAAAACAGAUUUCAACGUGCGUAGCUUCCUGGAUCAACUAGAAGAUGAUGCCGACGGCUUUGUAUCCCCGGUGGACGAUAAGAUGCCAUCUAGGAGCAAUCAGGAUAUGGGGCUUUCAAAUCUCCAUGAAGCAUCCAUCCCUGAGCUCUUAGAGCAGCUGCAAGAAGUCAGGGAAGCGAAAAAGCAAAUCAGAAAAAAAUUGAGAGACUUUGAAGAUAACUUUUUCCGACAAAACGGAAGGAACGUGCAGAAAGAAGACCGUACUCCCAUGGCUGAAGAGUACAAUGAAUACAAGCAGAUUAAGGCCAAGCUGAGGCUCCUGGAGGUCCUCAUCAGUAAAAGAGAUAUUAGCUCCAAGAUCAUGUAA